AUGGUUGUUCCCGCCGUCCCUGAAAUCGUCGAAACAGAAAUUCAUGAAUCUGUCGCGGCCCGUACAGAAUCACUUCCAGUUCUUCGCGAACUCGGUCCUCCAGAUCUGGUCCAUUUGAUCAAGUCACAGCCAAAAACAGGGUUGAAAGAGAUUGGAACCUACCACCACGUCACCGGAGUCGAUGCAUCUUCAUCUGCGUCCCUAGCGGCAUACAUCAACACCCUCACUUACCUUAUCGGUGAGAACCAAAGCUGGUUCGGGAAGCCGCAAUCAUGGCGGAUUACCACAGGCAUCUACUGCUGCUAUAAUGCCUUCUCGCGUGUCGAUAUGCGUGUUGAAGUUAAAAUACCCGGGAGUGUGGAAGCAUAUGCUGUCGACGAGCGUGGUGAGAAGCGUGCGGCCUCAGAGAUGCUCUGGCUUGAGACAUACCUGUGUGGAGUGCUUCGUGCGUUCAGCUAUGCAGAUGAUCAGCAGAACCGGAUUGUUGGGUGUAGGAGAUUUAACCCUAUCACCAAUACCGAAUCUGAACACAAAUUCCUCGAUGCUGCCGAGAAGCUUUUCUUCCGAGGCUGGCAACUUGGAUCAGAUCCUGAGAUACAAGUUCCGAAUGUCGUUUCGAAUUACCUGACCUCCGGCCUCCUGAGUUAUAUCCAUACCACCGGUCGUUUCGCCUCUGGUGUCAAUCUAUUCGAAAAGCUUCGUUCCAAAGAUCCUGAAGUUGGUUCAUUACUUGCUAAGGUCCUAAUCGAUGCGGACGAGGAAGUUAAAGCUGUAUCUCUCCUCUACGACACAAUCAAAAUUCUUCCUCUCGACAGUGGAUUACUAGACGUUCAAGCACAAUUUUGCAUGUCCAAGGGUCGUUAUGACCUGGCUCUUGAAUGUGCGAAACGAGCUGUUAAUUCAGCCCCAAGUGAAUUCACCACUUGGGAAAGAUUAGCACAGGUCUACUUGAAGCUGGAGCAAUACGAACUUGCUCUGUUAACCCUGAACAGUUGUCCAAUGUUCACAUAUCAGGAUCGAGAUAUUCCCAAAAUGCCCCCACCUGCAAAAAUGCAUCUCCCAGUGCUCCCCGAGGCAGUACUCGAAGAAAUGAGUGAUGAGAACCAUGAUCCGAAACAAGAUAAUGUAGAUCCAACUCUACUGAAACUUCCUGCAGGAAGUCUCAAAGGAACGUUUGCAAAAGCAUACAAGAUUCUUACUGAAAUUUCAAGUCAGAUUGGGUGGGACCAACUGCUGAAAUGCAGAAGUAGUGUAUUUGUUAUGGAGGAGGAGUACCGACAUGAAAAGAGUGCAAGUGUCACUACAAUCAAAGGAAGCGUCAAGGAAAACGGGAAAACGGACACCAGUGAGAGCGAAUCUGAAGGAGAAGGGUCAGAUGAGGCGAAACCAGCAACUAAUGGCGACACCAAGCCAGAGGAAGAUUCACCCAAGGAAAAUGGUGACAAGACUCCCGAAGAGGCUGAUUCGACUGAUCCAGUGGCAGCUAUUGAAAAGCCCGAACACACAGUCAUGCCGGAAGAGGUCAAGGCUGGAAACGAAGAAACUCACGCUCCUGUAGAUGGAAACAAUCCAGUUACCCCACCAGCACAGAAAUAUACCCAUUUCCAAAACAAGCGCUUGUGUGAGCGUUGGCUUGACAAUCUCUUCAUGGUACUCUAUGAGGACUUGCGCAUAUACACUAUCUGGCGGUCCGACCUAGUGCGCAGCACUCAACAGCAACGGCCGUAUCGCAAGAGUGCUACCGAAUGGGAGAUACUGGGAGAGUUAGCCCACAGACUGCACCAUCCUGAGGAAGCUGAAGAGGCGUUUUUGAACUGUUUAGGGGUUCGAUUUAGCCCGCGAUCCUUGAGAGGGUUAUUAGCUGCACAGGAGAAAAGGAAAGAUCACAGAGGAGGAUUAGAUAGUGUCAUUAGACUUGUUGCCUGGGAGUACAGGUGGUAUUCCGAGUUCUCGCCAUCAAUUCUACACUCUAUCCGAAAACUCAUUGCUGAAGAUGGAGCAGUGAAAGUUCGGAGUAUAGUGCAAGCAACUAGCUUCCCGCAGAGCGUAUUGGACUUGACGCACCACUAUGCACAACUUUGUGCUGCGUUCCGAAGCUCCGGGAGCGACGGUUAG